AUGGGGUGGGGGGGGUCGAGGUCCCCGGCUGAUAGCAGCGUGCCCGCGGGACUGUUCCUCCGCGCGAUGACGUCACUCCCUGGUCACUACGAAGACGACCACGAGGCUCUGGAGGCCCACCUCAGAGAGGAGCACGCCAUCUUCGCCGCAUCGGAAACCCCGGACGACGCUAGCGCCGGCGACGGCGGCGGCCGGCGGCGGGCGUAUCUGUGCUGCACGGACUACCGCGACGGGCCUGCCCUCAAGUCGGCGCUCGAGGCCGCCGCGGGCGGCAAGAGGUUCGUCCGCACCGCCCUCAACAGCAACUCGCUGGGCGGCUACUGCGCCGUGGCGCACAUCUCGUCGUCGGUCGCGGCGGAGGCGGCGACGGCAGCGGCAGAGACCGUGCGGUGUUCCCCGGUGACCCACGCCUCGAAGGAGCCGCUGUCGCUCCUAGCGCCGGCAACGGCCACGGAAUCGUCUUCUUCUCACGGCGGCGGCGGCAGCGGGAAGACCCCGCUUUUCGGGUUGAGGUUUGGGCCGGGCGUGCAGGAGGGGGACAGCCGCGGCUUGGUGAUAACCAUGUCCCCCGGCAGCCUCCCCAUGGACGACGCGGCAGAGGACGUGGUGCCGACAGGAAACACCCGCGGGGGCAGCGGCGGCGGCGAAGGAGGGGCCGGCAGAAUGCGGCGGAACCUCUCAUCCCGGCAACAGUCCUCUUCUUUGGCCCCGCUGGAGAGAACGUGGAGGGACUUCUGGGGCGGCGCUCGCGGGAGCGACGGCGCCCGGGCGCUGGCGGAGGCUGUCCCUUGGACCAGCCCUCCCGCCGGCGGCGGCGGCGGCGGUGGUACGCGUAGGAGGAGCUUGCUUGCCGGAGAUGGGACCAGCGAUGCCUCGGAGCCGAGCAGCGGCGUUAGAGUCAGCCGUGCGAGGGAGUUCCAUGGGGGGAAGGCGGCGGGCUACGGGGCCGCGCUCGCGCACCUCGGGGAGAAGAUGACGAAGCGUGGUGAGGAGGAGGAGGGAGGAGUUGGAGAGACCCUGGCAGGAGUGUGCGGGCUGGGGAGCAACCUGGAGUUCGUGCACGGCGGCAAUGACUUGCUGUACCUGAGGGGCAUCGACCACCCGGAACACGACGAGGAAACCUCUGCGGCGUGCUUUAUCGCCCUGGUCGGCUUCCUCUCCGCACAGCCCGAGGUGAUGCACAUCCACCCGGAACCGAGAGCGGAAGCGAAUAACAAGGUCCUGACGGCCUACAUCGAGGGCGGCGAGCCCACAGAGACUCCCAUGCGCGUGGCCGGCCUCACGGGAGCGGGGCAAGUGAUCGGGGUCACCGACACGGGCCUUGACGACAACUCUUGCUUCUUCAAGGACGUGGACGGCUCCGUCCCUAGGACAACCAUGGAGGCCGCCGAGUUCUACCCCGACCAAAGGAAGGUCAUUCAGUACGUGGUGUUCGCGGACGACACCGACACCGACGGCCACGGCACACACGUCGCCGGGAUCGCCGCCGGAAAGGUGUAUGACGACUGGGAAGCGGCUUGGGCGGGAGACGUCUCGAAGGAGUUGUGCGAGGAGGCCGGUCUAUUCAUGUCCUGCUUCGGGGACUGCGUCGCGGGGACGAUGGGGGGGUCGUGUCACUGGAACCCCGAGCUGUCGUGUCCCCUAUCUGACUGUGACGUAGACGCGAGCUGCGACGACUACACCGAAUACGACUUCCCGUGCUUCGAAGACCCAGUGGACGAGCUGCCGGAAGCAUCGGGAGUUGCGUCCGACGCUCAGCUGGCUUUCUUCGAUAUCGGUACCGAAGACGGGGGCCUUAUCAUCCCCGAUGACAUCGGUGACAUGUGGGACGCCCAGUACGCCGCCGGAGCAAGGGUGAUCAGCAACUCGUGGUCUCUGGUGACGAUGACGGAGCCCACCGCGAGGGACGUUCAGCUGGACGAGUGGGUGCACGACCACCCUGACACGCUCGUCGUGUUCGGUGCAGGCAACAACGGCUUCGAGGACCACGGAUUCAACCCGGGGUCUGUCCAGAGCCCCGCUACUGGAAAGACGGCCAUGACAGCGGGCGCCUCCAACAGCGGACCUGGUCGCGCUUACGCCUACUACGAUGAUGCUACCUCCAACUUCGACGGCGUGCUUUGGCCCAGCGACGAGGAGAUGUUCCAGGUUUCCCCCUUCUCGGCACGCGGGCCCGUGGGACGGUUCACCGCAAAACCGGACGUAGUCGCCCCCGGCCUGAUGGUCCACUCCGCCAAGGCCUCCCUCUCCGACUCCGGCGAAGAGACCUGCGCUCUCGACUCCCUCGGCGGCACCUCCAUGUCGGCGCCGGCGGUGGCCGGCGCUGCCGCCCUCGUGAGGCAGUUCUUCGAGCAGGGGUUCCUCGCGAGCUUCCUUGGCGGUGCCGGGCUGUGCGGCGGGACCGAUGAGAACGAGGAGGUCGUUGCCGCUGCCGGGGGAGUGUACGCGGAGGCGGGACUGUGUGAGGCGUUCGCGCCUUCGGGGUACCUGGUGAAGGCCGUCCUGGUUAACUCGGCCAUGUGGCUGGGGGACAUGCAGAUGGUGUCGUAUGAGAACAAGACGCAAUACAUGUCGGUGCUGGACUUCGCCCAAGGCUUCGGGGCCGUUCAGCUAGCGGCCUCGGUGCCUACCGAGGGCGCCCCAUUGGGCGCGUUCUACCACGAGCACGAGCUAGCGUCGGACGAGCUCCAAUACUACCUCGUUUACGUGUCGGACGCGAGCAAGAACGUAUCUGUGACGGUAGCGUGGUUCGACCCCCCGUCCCCGGUGUCGUCGUACAACUUGCUCCACGACUUGGACAUUUUCGUGAUGUCGGUGGACGCGAGGCGGUACUACCGCUCCAACCACUACGACACGAUCGCGACGAUGUGCGGCGACGACGAGUCCUGCGCCGAGAAGUACGAGUUCACUUACGAGAAUGGCCUGGCGGACUACAUGAACCCGGUCGAGCGGGUCACGGUGCCGAGCUCCGACCUCGAGGAAGGGUACCAUGUCGUGGGCGUGCGGGCGCGCACCCUCACGGAGUCCGACGUCCAGGCGUACGGGCUCGCGGCGGCUGGCGGCGGCCUGGUUCUACACGGAAUGUCAAAGAACUGGACGGACCUCGUGCUGGAGACGGACUCGACCCCCGGGGGCGGGGUGGGGACCGACGAGCCCGACCCCGACGGCGAGGUUAACGGGGCCACGCCGGCCCCGUCCGUGCUGGUUGCGAGGGGAUCGGCCGACGACGGCGGCGCGCCCACCGGGGAUAACGUUAUCUUUGCCCCGACCAGUGACCCCGUUGAGACGGCCACCGGCAGCACGAGCGGCAGCGGUACCAGCAUGGCCGGCGAUGAGGACGGGUUAUCCGGCGACUCGACGGGGAGCGGCGCCGGGGUAAGCCACAUCGGGGGCGGCGACGACGACAUUAGCGCGGCCGGCGGGAUAGAGACCGACGUGCCGGAGGGCGGCGACCUCGACGUCGACGGCGGCGGGAGCGGCGGGACGACCAUCACCACCAUCGCGGCGUCGUCCGCCGCGGCGGCAUUCCUGAUCGGGGCCGGGAUCUGCCUCGCCGUACGGCGGAGCAAGCUGCGCUCCUCUGGGCGGCGUGACGAGACCGGGUCCUUCCUGUGUCCGGUCCGUAACGCCUCCUCGUCUGCGGGAAGAAAGGCGGUGGUGGGCGGCGGCGGCGGCAGCGGUGGCGAAGGUGGCGGCGACGAAGAAAUAGAUCGGCACCACUGUGAAGAGGACGACCGUGUUUUCGGGUUCUACGACGGGGAAGACAUGCCGCCGCUGGAGCCUCAGCGAGGGCUGCCGGGUUACGCGACGGCCGUGGCCAGCAUGCCGGAGGAGGAGGGCCACACGAUCAUCCGAGAUCGCGCCGGGGUGGAGCGGAUGGUGGAGCUCACGGCCGCCGACGAGUCCGAGGUGUCGGGGUUUUACUACGCGGUUGAUCCCGGCGCGGUCGAGACUCUGGUCUCGUGGGGAAUCAGCCGGGACUUCGCCAGGGUGGCGCUGAGGCAGACGGACAACGAUGUCCAGGAGGCCCUGCAGAUGAUUGCCGAAGGGAACAUGGACGAGCGCCUGGCCAUGGACCACGAGGAGAUGGCUCGGGAGGGGCGGGAGGCGGCCGCGGCGGCGGAGGCUGCGACAGCGGGUCGACACGGAACAAUGGUGUAGGGCCGGUCGGCUCUUGGGGUACCUGCAGCUGUCACAGUCUCGCCCGGCGGCGGCGGUAUGUCAGCUUUCGAGAUGGUCGUGGGAGUAGAGUGGUGCCGAAGGACUGAAGGACUGGUGUCAGUGAGGCGAGGGCGAUUAGCGGCGGGUGAUUGACGACUUCUUCCCGUUGAUUGCUGGGCCCUCAUCCUGCGCAGUGGUUUUGGUCCGUAUGGCACCGGAACAGCAAAAACUUUUCAGAUUCGAGUAGGAACGAUGUUUGUUUAUCUGGUAGGUUUCAUCCAGCGCCGCUAGGAGGCAGGCAGCAAGGGGAGGGGGCGCGCCGCAGCAUCAACUGGGAUGCUGAGCUCUAGAAAACAUGCGAUGAUGAGGCUUGGGGGUCCGUGAGUGUAAUGGACUGGUGGCGUCCAUCCCGGACUCGAGAGCGUUGGGUGACGUGCAUGCGCCGCCCAACACUGGCUCAUGGUGCGAGCGCUAGUGUACGGCUGCCGCCCACACGAUGAUGUCCGCUUUUAGCUUAGCAAUAGUGUGGUUUUAGCAUGGCAGGCUCGUUAGCGUUAGCAAUAGUAGCAGAUGUUUGGGACAGGACGUGUUGGUGAUGACGACGCGCGUGCGUCCGCCAGUCAAGUGUCGAAAAAGGCCAGGCCGGCUCCGGUUCUCUUUUAUCUUUGUGCCCCGAAACCACCCACGUACUUUUUGAUCGUUGUAUAUGGCGGGCGGGCGUGUGUUGGUUGGUGCUUGUGCGUGCGUGUUGUGGUCCAAUUGCAUCGGUACAGCAGUUCCUACUUUGACCCUGCGAGGUGAAGUUGAGGUGGUGUUGCCGAGGUGUUGUAGGUUAUGUGCGAGGCGAAAUAUUAUGUCUCUUUCGGUGUUUCUUUUUCGCUGCACGUUACGGUCUUUCCUGUGUUGCGCUUGGGUACUUGUUUGUCCUUGCUUAUCAGCUUGUCAUUGCGCGGAGGGAUUGUUCGGUGGAGUGAUGGUGGUACAGCAGUAUGAUUUUUAUGGGCCUGCAACAGAGAGUGGUUGUAGGCAUGAACGGGAAAAGACGCGCCGACCGUAAACAUGGCUGCUGGAAGGUAUUCGGCCUUCGUUCCAGCUGCUCUUGGCGUUUUUGUUCAACAAAAGAGUUUGCCCCCCGGCUGAACCACAAACGAGAUGGCUCAGCAGUUGUCGUUGUUUGCUCUUCUUGUUCGCGGAGUACUUGUUGUUGCCGAAACGAAACCGUCCUUGUCAGAUAUUUCAACCUUUCGCGGUUUCAUGCGUUGUAGUGUACGAACGGCUUGCAAUCAAUAUUCGUAUCGGCUUGAAACGCAUUCUUUUAAAAUCAGCUGUAUGUGGCAUUACUGUGGGGUCGGGUAGCGUGCCUGACGUAAGCACGAUUCUGCCGAUCGAUUAGCUUGUUGUUCCGCGAUGAUGAUGUGCCGAGACCGAGGGGUUGGUAUUGGAAAAGAAUGUUGCGAGGACUUUUAUACUCAUUAUUGCUUGCAUGUUCAUCCUACUGGAUUGUAGGAUUUGUUUCUUCCCUUGGAAGGUCCGGGGGCGCGACCAUGACUUCCUGUUUGGCGUUGAUUGCUACUUGGAUGUAGCGCUUUUCUUGGCUAGCAGGCUUGUUGCGCUUGCCCUCUUGGGGGUUUGUGGGCAUCGCAGAACUUGAGGGGUUGACGGGGACGGCGACGACCCGGAGGAAGAGUCGUUGUCUGGUACGGUGCCGCGCGCUAUCACGACAGUGGGCGUGUCGUCGAUUUCGCGUAGUGGGUGAUUUGUUUCUGCACACAUUUGUUUGUGUACCAUACAUGUGCACGAAAUUUUCUGUCCCCUAUCAAAUAUCAAACUUGCUUAUAAAUACAUACUCUCGGAUUUCAAUUUUCACGACGGUGCAUC